ACACUCGGUGAAAAUAACACUGCGUGUAAACAGACCGCACAGGAGGAAGUACGACGGACCUUUAUUCCACCCACCGAUAUCCACGGCAUGGGAACUCCGGGCUCCGUUGAGAGGCUGCCUCACCACGAACAGAUGGAAUUUUGCCUCACGAGAGCUAAAUAUCGACAGGGGAGGAAGCUCACGGCGGUUAAAGUAUAUACCGUGAAUGACGAAUCCAAGUUCCUGAUUGUGACGGGGAUUCCAGCCAUUAAGAUCUGCAACGAAGUGGAGAGCUUGUGCUUGAAGUAUGGCCACGUCGAGUUCAUUCAGCCGCUGCCGGGCUACCCCUGCGAGGCCUACACGGAGGCUUUCUUGGUCAAGUACGCCAGGGUCAAGAGUGCUUGCUUUGCUAAGGUUCAGUUAGACGGAAAGUCGUUCUACGGAGGGGUGUUGCACGUGUUUUAUGCCCCGGAGUUGGAGUCUGUGGGGGACACAAGAGAGAAGUUGCAGGAGAGGCGGAAAAGCAUAGCUGCCCUCACAAGGUACAGUCAAGACCCCUCCCUUGUCAACCCCUCCAAGAAGCAGGGCGCGUUUCAAUAUGGGAAUUCGGCCAGAUAUUUGUCACGGUUAAAGCCCCAACCAGGGGAAAAACCUGUGCUGAGCCACAGUAUCACUGAUUCUUCAAGAUCAGGAGGAGGCAUUAGUGAAGGAAACCCAUUGACAAGCUCUUGUAAUGAUGCUAAGGACCAAGAAGUAUUUGAGGACAUUUGCCACAGUGAAGAUUCAAUAGCCGUCAGUUGUAGACAGUUAACACGGACAAAUUACCCAGGCUCCAGUUCAAGUGUUACCUCAGCAGAACAAAGUGCAUCUUAUGGUUCCAGUGAAAAGAGAACAGCCAGUGAUACUCCCUUUAUAGAAAUCAAUAAGAAGAAAAUUAAAUUAUUUGGUGAUAAUAAGGUCCUGUUGUAUAAAUAAAAGUGAGAUGCCACUUUCAUAGCUACAAUAUUGAGCUUGUUCAUGAUUGUCUGUGAUAACAAGAUUAGUCAUUAACUUCAGUGUUUGAAUUCUUUAUAUUUAUAUAUAUCUAAUUGUAAGAAUUUUUCAUUAUUAUUCUCUGUAAAGGUUGGUCAUAUGACACUUUGAAAGAAAACAACAUUCAAAAUUCUUCGUGUAUUUUGUAAAUAUAAAUACAAUACAAUAACAUCUCACCAUUGCCAGACAAUAACAUUCUCAUUUUUACCAUCCUUAUCAAUGAACGCCACAAGUAAUCUCAUUAUUUUAGGAGUCAUUUGCCUACUUUACUAUAUGUAUAUAUUUUUUUCAUAUCCCCUGCUAUCUGCACAAGGUUCUUACAUCCUAUAAUGAAUGCAGCUUCUGGUCUGAACCCAACAUUUCCAAAUAUUCAACCUAUAUAGUUAAUGCAUUGCUGGCUUAUACAAAAACAACCUUGCAGUGGAAAUCUUAUUCAUAAUUUUGCAUAACUUCUCUCAUAUUAGGCCUACUGUAAAUAAGAAAAAAAGAAUAAGACAAUGAUACAUUAAAUACAACUUCAAUAAAAUGUGCAAUGCAAUACUUACAUUCUCCAUGGCUUACAGCCUCACCCGUUUCUCACAGAAAGUAAUGAAUAAUAAUAUAUACGGAAAUAGCCUAAAGGAUUAAACAAUAGACAGAGGAGUAAUGGGGGAGGAAAAACAAAUUAAUACACAAAUAUGUAUAUAUAACAUUGAUUAUCAUGUCUUUCACAAACAAUCCAAUAAUUUACAUGCAAAGAUGAGACAUAUUUUUAAGAAAAAGAAAGAAAAAAGAUUGUGAACCUUUUUAUCAUCAAAACUGACCUUGUCUAAAUAAUACUGGAAAGAUGGUACAAGGAAAAUUACUUUGCUUGGUUUUCUAAAAUAAUCAUUGCAAAACUAAACUUCACUGAUGUACAAAGCAUUACUGGUACACUUGAUAAAUUUAUAUGAUUAUUUUGAGGUAUCCACCACCAACAAAAAAUCAAAGAAUUCAAUAUCAGUGUCAAUUCUCUCCCCCUCACAUGCUAGUCCUACCCAUAAAGACAUUCUUUCCAUAACAUGUGUAGUAAGUAGCUACUGCUCUGUUCCUAUCUACAAUACAAAGCUGAUGUCUUGCAGAAAACAAUAUAACAUAGAAUCUGUAGAAUUCACUGAAAUCUAGAAUUUUGGAAGCAAAUUCCUUUUUGUUUGUGUUUGUUUGUUUGUUUGUUUGUCUUUUUUUUUUUUUUUUUUUUUAACAAAUCCAGCCACAACAGCAGUUCUAACACAAAUAACAUGAUAACAUGUACUUCUCAUUAUAUUCUAUGUUCUAUAGAUUUUCAACAAUCACAAGGCAUACAAUUAAAACAUGUUGUAAUAUUACACUGUUAAGUACCAUUUUUCUAUCUUCUCAAAUGCUCAGGACUUUAUUUUGAUCUAUAGCAUCUCCUAAAGUUGUCACAAUGGACUUACAGAAGACACUCAUUAAAAAAAGGUCAUUAUCAAUUAAAUUACACAUAUCACCAUAAUAUUUGAAGAUACCUUCUGAAAGCAAAACAUUACACUAUCAACAGCUCUACAAUCAAAAAUUAUCAUACUUCUUUAUUUCCCAUAAAUAUCAAAUUCUAAAUAUAACUAAUAUCAUAUUUCUGAGUAAAAAUUUACACUAUAAAUUACAAACUGCGAAAUACCUGUACUUACUAAUUAAUCUUAAUACUUUCAACACUAUAAAAAUUAUUUCACUGGAGGGACUGAAGUGGUUAAUAAAGUUAGUGGAAUUUUGAACAAAAAACAUUUGAAACAGUAUUUGUAUAAUCACAAAAAAAAAAUAAAAAUCACUUAAGUAACAUUCAGAACACCAUGCAUAAGAUUGCAAAUACUGUACCAUUACAAUACAAGUCAACCUUCUUUAAUCCAGCACCAAUGGGAUCUGAUGCAUACCAAAUUAGCAAAAUCAUCACAUCACAAAGAUUUCCUAUGUAUGAUAGCUGGUAAAUGUUCAAGAGUUGCUUUCAAAACAACCCUUUACGGAUAGUUAUUAUAAUUGUAUUCUAUUCAUAUUCAUUGAAACCUGAUACAGCAAUUACAACUGUCCCCUACAAAGCUAUAUUAAAGUGCCAGUGGUUAUUUCACCAGGAAAAAGAUACUGGCACAAUAACAUAAAAAAUCCCUGUUCAUAACUUGUUUGUGGCAUGAAUAUGAUCAUGGCAGUGUAAACACUGCAGAGGCAUGAAUAUAGCUCACUCCUUUUCUUUGUCCAGUCUCAGGAAAGAAAAAAUGGCAACAUACCCAGACUCUAGAGUACUACAAUCAUCAAGUCUUUAUGAGAAAAAAAGUGGUGCUCAGGUAGCAACUUUCAAUAACACAAUAAAAAUAAUCUAUGAAUUUUGAUAUUACAAAUUAUAUAAACAUAAGUAUAAAGAGUAAGCUGACCAGAAUAAAAAAAGACUUGGUGAACCAGCUACUCCAGAGUUAGAGCUGCUUGUUUUCCUUUCUUGAAAAUGGAUGUAGUAUAACUUCAAAGUCAACAUUAUGAGCAGGCAAAGCAUUUAAUGACUCAGAAGGGAAUGGCAGCACAAACAGUGCAAUUAGGAUUUUUCAUAGCAAUUUCCCCACUGUCUUGUAGAUAAUUUUACUGAAUUUUUAAAAUGUGUUCAGUGGGCACUUUAAUUCCAUUACAUGUAUUAAUUCAGGAUAUUAAAGUAGAAUGGCCCAAGAAAUUGAAUAUCCGUGCCAGAUUAGCAAACAAACCAGAUUACAGUGGAUUAGAAGUGGUUGUCUCGUAACAAUAAAUACCAUAAUAAAAAUUAAAGCUGAAGUAUCUUCAACCUGAACCAAUGUGAGUGGGUUUACAAUCAACCAAAACUACAUAAACCGAGUAACCACCAACACCUUUUUCUUUAAACAGAUAAAAAUAAGUAAAGAAAGCAUUCACUUAGAAAAAAAUACAGUCGAGCAAUUUUUAAGAAAUCCUCCUAAUGUCACACAGUUAACAUUUACUCAAGUGCAAGGAUGACCAGCAUCCAGGUAUGUUACAUUCACUAUUGAGAACAAAAUGCAACUGUGGUUUUAUUUCUCACUAUAAGAUACACAUAUAAACACUACCACACACAGCCAUUAUAACUCCUAUGAUUACAAUAUCCAUAUAUGAUGUUCGUCAGCGAAUAAUUUUUUCCACCUAAGUUCUUCUUCUCCCAAAAUGCAUCCAUGAAAGGUAUGUCAUUUUCCAUUUUCUUUAUCAUAUGCAACACUGUCCACAUAUAUUCAUAUCCUAUGACAAAAAAGGAUUGCUAACUCAACCUAAACUGUUUUUCCUUUCUUUCAAUCACAUUUCCUGGUAUUUUUGUGUAACAUAAUCCAAUUAAGAUAUACAGUCUACACUAAUGCAUUUCAUGACUCACUAGGACACAGCUGCAGAGCCGAAUCCGACCAUCUAUGAAACAAUGUAUUAUCAGGUGGCUUAAAUUUUGUGUAAAAGAGGUGGAUCGUAGGCAGUUCUGUGGAAAAAAACAACCUUAAAAGAAGCAAAGCAAAUCUAGGUGAAACAACUUCAACAAUCUAACAAGUCAUUAAAUAUAGUAAAAAAACAAAAAAACAAAAUAAUAUUAACGUAUGUAUAAAAUCCUUACAGUUAUUCAAUUAUCAAUACAAUUUCCUUUGAUAACUUCAUAUAAUUAUCAUUCUUAAUGAUACACACUACUCAAGAAUAGAUGAAUAAUUAUUGUAUUAUGACAUCAUGCAUAAUACACAUAGCAUUGGGUAAAAUUAAUUUCACUAUCUGAAUCUCACUUCAUUUCCCCCUUUUGUUUUUUUAACUUUUACACACAUUCCCUUUGAUUUCUUUUGUGUGUUCUAAGCAAAAAAAAAAAAAAAAAAAAAAAAAUCAUAUACAAUUAUGGAAUGCUUUAUUUAUGCUUUGCCAUAAAAGGACAAACUUUUUGCUGAUGGCAUCAGAAUAGCUAAA